AUGGCAGCAGCAAAUACUGCUGCUCCACUAAGUACCGCCUGGCGGCGGCCACAUCAAGCACAUCCGGUGGCGGCCAUUAGCGGCAGUAUGAUGGCGACGGCUACGACGACGACGACUACGGCGAUGGUGGUGAGUGCAGGCGAUGGUGCCCGUGGCAAUUGUGGCGCUCAGAAAAACACUAGCAAUAGUAGCAGCAACAGUAGCACCAGAGGCUUCAGCGUCGGUCUCCAGGCUGCCGCCGCUGCCGGUGCUGAUCCGGCAGAUUCUAAGCGCCGGUGCCGCCGCGGAUCACCCAGCGUCCUCAGAGCCAUCGCGGGCGGCCAUCAGUGCAGCGCCACCAGUGGCCACCAUCGAAGUCAACGAGGCGUAGUUAAUUGCUUUCUACGAUUUAUUUUGCUUCGCAACGCGUCCCUGCUCCUGGUUUUGGCCGUCAGCAGUCUGCUAGUGUCAACGACAGAUGCGGUCAUCUCCAGUCGUGGAAGCAGCAGUAGUAAGGGCAGCUCCGCGCCAAACAACGGACUAGUGCCCCGGUUUAUCUCGCGAGGACACACCUACCGGGCGGUCGUCGGCGAUACGCUCGUCCUGCCGUGCGAAGUCGAAAACUUGGGGACUCUGGUGCUCCUGUGGCGGCGAGGCUCGAAUGUGCUCACCGCCUCGCAGCUGAUGGUGACGCGCGACGAGCGGAUACGGCUUGUCAACGGGUACAAUCUGGAAAUCUCCGAGCUGGAACCGCAGGACGCCGGCGACUACGUCUGUCAGAUCAGCGACAAGGUCAACAAGGACCAGGUGCACACCGUCGAAAUACUCGUGCCACCAAGCGUCCGGGCCAUCCCACCGACCGGGCAAGUGACGGCCCGCAAAGGAGGCGCCGUAACGCUCGAAUGCAAAGCGUCCGGUAAUCCGGUCCCAUCCAUCUACUGGACCAAGCGCAGCGGCGCAGGCAAGUCGGCGUCCAAGAUCGGCGAGGGCCCCGUCCUGUCGCUGGAGCGCGUCGAGCGGCAGCAGGCGGGCGUGUAUCAGUGCACCGCGGACAACAGCGUCGGAGACCCGGUCACCGUCGACAUGCGGCUGGACGUGCUGUAUCCUCCCGACAUCAGCGUGGAAAAGUCAUGGAUCCACUCGGGCGAAGGCUUCGAGGCGCAGCUGGAGUGUAUCGUGCACGCCGAUCCGCAACCAACGGUCUCGUGGAAUCAGAACUCAUUUCCGCUGCAGCCAACCGACCGGCGCACGAUGUCGUCCAGAGGCAAUCGGCACACGCUCACCAUCCGCCACGUGCAGCAGGAGGACUUUGGCAACUACAGCUGCGUGGCGGACAACUCGCUCGGACGGUCGAAGAAGUACAUGGAGGUAUCGGGACGACCGGGACCGGCCGAUUUCCUGUCGCCACCGUGGAGCCGCUCGACCGACAGCUUUAAUCUGACCUGGAAAGUCGAAUCCUAUCCACCGCUGCAGGAGGUCCGACUGCUCUACCGAAAGCUGAUGAUGAAUGAAACGUUCCAGCAGCCGGGCCGGUGGCACGACGUAAUCCUCACGCCCGCUCCGCGACCCCCAUCGGAACCACUGACCCACGUGAUGGCGUUUACGUUGCGGGGACUACAGCACAGCUCCGUGUACGAGGCGAUCGUGCAGGCUAAGAAUCGGUACGGCUGGAACGAGGUUAGCGACAUCUUCCAGUUCUACACCCAGCGAAUAUCGUCCGACACGCACUCGGAGGAAAUGCAGGUCGCCAGUUCCACAUCGCGGAGUGGAGCGACCACCCUGCACCGGACCACCGCACCGCGGUCACCGAUCUGGGCCGUGCUGUGUCUGGUUCCGUGGCUGCUGGCAUCGUUCACCGUGGGCACGGCACGGCUCGCCGACAGGGGCCCGAUCCUCGAUCGGUCGGCGCUGCUCAUCUAA